AUGGGCGGCGGCGACGGGGCCGCAUUUAAGCGGCCGGGGGACGGCGCCCGCCUCCAGCGCGUCCUCGGGCUCGGCUCCCGCCGGGCGCCCCGCUCUCUGCCCGCCGGGGGCCCAGCGCCGCGCCGCACCGCGCCGCCCCCGCCGGGCCAUGAGAGCGCGGGCCCCGCCGCGAUGAGCUCGCACAUCGCCAAAAGCGAGUCCAAGACGUCUCUGCUGAAGGCGGCGGCGGCGGCGGCGAGCGGGGGCAGCCGGGCUCCCCGCCACGGCCCUGCCCGGGAGCCAGUGCUGCCCAGUCGCCGGCUGCCCGGCCCCUGCCCUGGCACGCCGUCGCCGUCAGGGGACCCCAGUUCGCGGAGGCCCCUGUGCCGGCCGGCGCCGCGAGAGGAGGGCGCGCGGGGGAGCCGGCGCGGGCUCCCCCAGGCUCACUGCAGGCCCCGGGAGGCGCCGCCGGCCGCGGCGUCCCGACCUUCGCCGCCGUCGCCGCUGCCGCCGGCCCGCGGGCGGGAUGGGGAGGAGCGGGGUCUGUCCCCGGCGCUCGGCCUCCGGGGCUCACUGCGAGCCCCGGGUCGCGGGGACUCCGCUCCAGCCGCCGCGUCCGAGGCAGACCCGUUCCUCCACCAGCUGCGCCCCAUGCUCAGCUCCGCCUUCGGCCAGGACAGAUCUCUGCGGCCAGAGGAGAUUGAAGAGCUCAGGGAGGCCUUCAGAGAAUUUGACAAGGACAAGGAUGGCUACAUCAACUGCCGGGACCUGGGUAACUGUAUGCGCACCAUGGGCUACAUGCCCACCGAGAUGGAGCUCAUCGAGCUGUCUCAGCAGAUCAACAUGAACCUGGGUGGCCAUGUGGAUUUUGAUGACUUUGUGGAGCUAAUGGGACCUAAACUCCUGGCGGAGACGGCAGAUAUGAUUGGAGUAAAGGAACUGCGAGAUGCCUUCCGAGAGUUUGACACCAAUGGUGAUGGUGAGAUAAGCACCAGUGAGUUACGAGAGGCCAUGAGGAAACUCCUGGGUCAUCAGGUGGGACACCGAGACAUAGAAGAGAUUAUCCGGGACGUGGACCUCAACGGGGAUGGACGAGUGGACUUUGAAGAGUUUGUCCGGAUGAUGUCCCGCUGA